AAAGAUAAAUAAAUUAUAUUGAUAUGAAAACUUUCAGAAAACAUAUUGAUAAUAAAUUAAAAUUAACAUAAAUUAUGUCUGGAAAUCAAAGCAUAAAAUUGGAAGUUUGUGUGGAUUCCAUAGCAUCUGCUAUAGCAGCAGCUGAGGGUGGAGCGGCACGCAUAGAACUUUGUUCAGCUUUAAGUGAAGGAGGCCUAACGCCUUCUGUAGGUGUUUUGAAGACUUUAAAAGAUUUACCCCUUAACAUACCCAUUUACUGUAUGCUGAGACCGAGAAGGGGUCAUGAUUUUGUUUAUACAGAGCUCGAAAUGUCCGCCAUGCUACACGAUAUGGAAUUAUUAUUAACAGAGGGUGCAGAUGGUUUUGUCUUUGGAGCUCUUAAUACAAACCGAGAUAUUAAUGUGGAACAAUGCCAACAAGUGAUGGCAAAAGCUAAGGGUUUGCCCGUUACCUUCCACAGAGCAUUUGAUGUUACUAAUCCGCUGAAAAUGCACGAGAAUGUGGAGACAAUUAUAGACAUGGGUUUUAAACGCAUUUUAUCUAGUGGUUUUAAACAAACCGCUGUAGAAGGUUUGGAUUUCUUGUCCCAGCUAAUAGCUAAACAUCACAAAGAUAUAACAAUAAUGCCGGGUGCAGGCAUAAAUGUGGCAAAUUUAGAGGAAAUAUUAACGGCCACCAAAUGUGAAGAGUUUCAUGCAUCCGCCAAGGCUGCAGCAGAUAGCAAUGAGGAAACCAAUAAUGUGAACAAAAUGGAAUGUGAAGUAUCAAUGGGUAAAGCUGAUGUCUUGCCCUAUGAUAUAACUGACAAAAAUGUAGUACGUAAAAUGGUAACAACAGCCAAAGCAAUGGCAUCUAAAUAAUAAAAAAAAGAAAAUUAAACAAAUUA